AUGGUGGAUUGGGAGAAGUUAAAGCGCAAGCUUGCCGUUGGGAACUACAAAAGACCGAUAGAGGAAGACACUUAUUAUAAGAACACGAUAUGGUGUAAUAGGGAUUUGAUACCCAUUCCUCCCGAGCGACGGACCUGGGGUGCUCUGGGCUACAUCGGAUACUGGAUGGUUUCUGGGUCAUGCAUUUCAGCAUGGACGAUCGGAAGCACCCUGCUAGCAUUUGGACUUAGUCCGCAGCAGGCCAUUGGUUGUGUUGUAUGUUCCUCUUUUGCUUGGACUCCAACUACGUCGGCUGACACCCGACACCACAUUGGGUUCACUGUUGCCUCACGAUUCUCAUGGGGCAUGAGAGGAGCAUAUUGUACGUUUGCCGCAGCCCUUAGUGGAGAAACCGAGCUGAUACUGUUCGCAGUCCCUGUCAUUCUCCGAUGCUUCCUAGGGUGUAUCUGGUUUGGGAUACAGUCGUACUGGGGAGGCCAGGCGACCAGAGUCCUAAUAGGAGCCGUUAUUCCAGGGUUCGCGCACCUAAAGAAUAGCUUUUCCGAGAGCUCACACCUAUUGACCAACGACUUCAUCGGAAUGGUUAUCUGGUACCUUAUCUUCCUACCAUUGCUCCUGAUCUCGCCUGAGCGGCUUCAAGUUCCUUUUGGUAUUUCCUUCAUCUUAUUCGGGACAACUUGCAUUGGUCUUUUGACCUGGGCAGUAAAAACUGCCGGGGGACCUGGGUCGAUGUUCCACCAACCUGCAGCUACAGACUCGGUGGGAUGGGGUAUGAUGUUUGGCAUAUCAUCUAUCCUGGGAGCGUGGGGUGGAGGGACCCUGAGCCAAUCUGACUGGACUCGUUAUGCAAAUCGUCCGUUGGCACCAUCGUUAUCUCAAUUAAUUGCCGCGCCGGCUACCCUUACUAUCACAGCUAUGAUUGGUAUAAUAGUUACCAGCGCAGCAAAUGAUAUUCUUGGUCGAGUUAUUUGGAAUCCUAUCGAGCUCCUUGCUACUAUGCAGGAUCAUUAUCAUUCAAGUCCACGGAUUCGGGCUGGCGUGUUCUUUGCUUCUAUAGGGACCAUUUCGACGCAGCUUGCUAUCUCGCUCGUCCUGAACUCUGUGUCAGCCGGAAUGGAUCUAGCCGGACUGCAGCCAAAGUAUAUCAACAUUCGGAGAGGAAGUUAUUUUAUGGCUAUCAUUGGCCUUGUAUCUCAGCCAUGGCAACUGCUUACCAGCGCGGAUAAGUUUCUUACCAUACUCUCCAGCUUCGGAAUAUUCAUGGCUCCUCUGGCUGGUAUCAUGCUAUCAGACUACCUCAUCAUUAGGCGUCAGCGAUUGCGUAUAUGUGACUUGUAUAAAGGGGAUACAUCUUCCAUAUACUGGUAUUGGCAUGGCUUUAACUGGCGUGGUGCCGUAUCGUUUGCUCUCAGUAUAUGGCCCGAAAUCCCUGGGCUCAUCGCAACCGUCAACAAAAUAAAAUCACCGGCACUACAGGGUUGGGUUAAGUUAUUCAACCUUACAUUCUUUGUUGGCCUUGUAAUGGGGUUCUUUUGGAUGACCAUGCUUUCUUACGUCUUCCCGCCACCAGGGCUUGGUGAAGAAGCUCCGUUCGUGGAAGACUUUUCUCAGCCUGAGAAGGUGGUUAAAGAAACUGAAAUGGCGUUGAACUGA